AUGGAUAAAAAGGUUUUUUAUUCAGUUUUGUUUUUAUUAACACUGGCCGAAUGCACACGAUAUAAACAGCGCUAUAAUAUAAGCGAGAGGAUUUCGAAAAAAGAAUCCCGUUUGAAAAUAGAAAAGAGCUUGCAUCCACGAGGAAACGUUUUGGAAAACCUUUUUAAUGUAUACGACCCAUCUUUUUUGUCUGUGGUCUGGCCAAAAAUAUCUAAUGGUGUACAUUUAACAGCGGAAGAAAGUUGCUGGAACGAUUUGAGUGUGUUUUUUAGAGAUCUGGCAGAAAGUCGCUCGUGGGCACUAAGCGUGGCGGAUGCAUCUGGUCGUUAUCAGGGCGGAGGGUUUGCUGGUAACAACUAUUGGCUCGGCUCCAAACGACAGUGCUUGCAAUUGGAUAAUGAAGUUAAAAGUGACAAUAAUAACAAUGACUAUGAUUUUAUGGGCCCCGCCGUUGGACUUCGCAGAGAAAACUACCACAACAGAGAUCAUGAAUGGCGAUUGGAAACAACCAAACCGGCGAUAUCGUCAGACAACCCUCCACUCCAUGUAGGAUAUAAUGUAGCGAGGGUCCUACUGACUAUCAUGAAUGUACCAAUACCUCAGUCAUUUGAUAUUAAAUUAGGAUUAUGUUUACCACGUACCUGUUCUAAAAAAGACGUAUCAUCUCUGUUGACAUUUUCUAUAAUGCUUAACGAUAAUUUAAAAUCAAACAAGACUGUGCCUCGAAUAGCGAAAGUUGCAUCGCUCAGACAAGUGACAGAAUAUUAUAAUAUGAAACAAGACCUUGGAGCAAUACUGUUGUUGUGCGUCACACUGUUUCUACUAUUACUAUCUAUAACUGCCACAGUAAUAGAAAUUAAUAUUCUAAAAUGCAAAGGCGGAGCCAGAUCUAUUAGUUUCGAUUUACAAAAAUACAACAAUACAGACACCAUGAACAAACAUGAUAAAGACAACAAAUUGCAAAUAGAUGAAAGAAAAGACUCGGAUAUGGUAGACAAUGAAAUAUUAGCCAAAAACAAUAUUAAUCAUAGAAACAAUAUAAAUUUGAUUGGGCUGCAGAACUUUAAUACAAAUAUAACUCCCUCGAUUACGCUAGACGUAGUAGGUGUGGAGAGAGCGACGGGAAGCUGCACAAGAUGUGGCAAGUACAGAAGACAGUGUACUAAUCCGAAGCAAGUAAAUAACUUAACUGCUUGUCCACGAGUCAAAUAUAGCUCCGUGGCGAGUCUGAGUACAGAAGAAAAGAAAGGGCGUUUGAUAAAGAGACUACUGUUUUGUUUCUCUUUAAGAUAUAGUUGGAGUCGAAUUUUUAACACAAACAUGGCUAAUAAAGAUCUGUCAGUAAUACACGUUUGGAGGGUUGUAGCAACGCUUUGGCUAAUAUUCGUGCACGUCUCUGUUAUAGUGGAUUAUGUUUCAGCUAAUUCUGGUGGUGUAAAAGAAGCAGGAAAUAUUUACAAUAUACUAAAUACGGGAACUAUGACUUUCGAUACCUUAUUUUUAGUUAGUGGUUUGUUCAGUUCUCAUCAUUUCUUUUAUCUGAAAAGUCAUUACACAGUAGAGGAGCUGGUAGGUUUUAAUGGUAUCUGGGGUCAUAUACUUCAAUAUGUCUGCUUUAUCACAAACAGAGCAGUGAGGUUAUUACCAUCAUAUGCUUACACGAUAUUUCUAUCCGCCGUGAUAGCGCGAGCAUCCCGGGGUACAUCAUCAUUGGUACUGCCUGAUGGUGAUCACCAAAAUUGCGAGUCUUACUGGUGGCGGAAUAUUCUGUAUGUCACCACUUUUUAUCCCGCCGAGGAAAGGUGCAUGCAAGUAUCUUGGUACCUGUCUACUGAGAGUCAGCUGCACGUGGUUGGUGCUCUGGUGUGCGCGCUGGGUGCAAGUCGCCGCAGCCGCCUGCUGGUAGCUCUCGCGCUCGCAGCUUUACUCGCUACCACUGCCGCUGACGUCACCGAUGCCUACACUGAAUACUCACACAUUCGAUCUGGAGCUUACAACAUUUAUUCGGCAUUAAUAGAACGUCCAUGGGCUAGAGUGGUACCUUAUUUCGUUGGAGUUGCCAUUGGAUGGUUGACACAUAAGAUGCAAGGUUCUUUAAGAAUUUCGAAGGUAGCGUGGUGGUGUAUAGGCAGUGCAUCAACUGCAUCGUUGGCGGCAGCUGCAACCUUGGUAACAGCGCGUGGCUGGCCCAGCGCCGGUCUUCAUGUUUGCUGGCCUGUAGCACUUUUAGCACCUGCGCUUCUGGCUGCUUCAAAACGGGCCGCGGUAAUUCGUCGUGUGGUGGACAGUAGUAUGAUGGCGGCACUGAGUCGUCUCAGCUACGGCAUGGUGCUGCUGCACGGGCUGGUGGCCCGCGGUCUCCUCCUUCAAACGGACGCUCCGCUCUGUUCGCAUACGCUCUGCAUUUGGUCAUACUUCGCGGGUACUGCUUCACUGACCCUGGUUGCGUCUUUCGUUCUCGCUCUGCUGGUGGAGAUGCCCUUCUGCAGCGUUUUAAGAAGACUGUCGGAUUAUGCUAACACCUGAAUUUAUUUAUGUUACUAUUAUAUUCGCAUUUAUACCAUAUUGCAUUACUUUUUUUACAUGUUUUGUGAGGUAUAUACAGGUAUUACAAUUUACGUAAACUAUACUAUAGUUUGUUUUUUUUAUUUCAGAGACAAAUUUGAGUAAUGUUGCCAGCUUUUGGCGAUUCUUAAAUAGUAUUGUGGCACUAUCCGAAAUUAAUAUUAGUUACCCAUUUUUAUUGCUAAUUAGUCUCUAAGAUUAAAAAAACAGAUUAUAGGUUAAGUAUCAGGAAUUUAUGGCAAUUACACUGAUUCAAAGGACUUCUAUCCAGAUCCUUAAAACAUAUUAAUUAAAAAAAAAACAAUUAUUUGUCAGCUCUCAGGUGUUGCCAUUAUUGAGGAUUAAGUUAUGCUUCCAUAUUGAUAUUCCAGAGUAACU